GUGGAGAGUGCUGUACAGUACAACUGAGAAGUUUCUAGGAUCCCAUGUACUGUACUUUACAGCGCACCCCUAGUUAUUAGAAAGCACACGCCAGCUUCCCGCUUGCUCUACCUAAAUGACAUUCGAAAGGAAGGACUUGACUCGUACGUAUGUAGUGAUCGCACAACGCCCGUCUCACCCUCCGCGAUACAUGACAUCAUCAUCACGCCAACCGCGCCAUCCCGCAACACAACCGCCACACAACACCAACUCUCAAACGUCCCCACUCCGCAAACCCUCUUCCUAUUUCCGCACCCAAAUUCUUGCUUCGGCGCCCCCGUCUCCUCAGAACGGCACGCCUCACUGCCGCUCCGCGACCCUUUCCAGCCAGCGCGCGCUGAUUGGCCAAGCCGUCUUUCCGGAUUCGGCAAUGACGGACAAAGCAAGUGGCUCGGUUGGGGGGCCUAGGCGUAGGAGUGGCGCUAGGAUGACGUACGGGGGGUGCGAAGGUACGGGGUGGAACUUGUUUAUAUAGGCUGGGUGCGUGCUGGUGCGGGUGUUGCAGGUGUCUAUCUAUAACUCGACGAGGAUUUUACUGCUUGCGAAGCCACGCACGCCUUUUGGAACUGCGAAUUAAUCGCAAAAAAACGAGGCGCCUGUGUUGAUCGAUCGAAAGGAUACAAAAAAGAGGAGAAAAGAAAAAACACGCGGGGUAG